AUGCGAAGCGUCUGCAUCGUGCCUCUGUCGGCGUAUCGCGUCCCGGCAAACCUUCAUGUCGAGGAGGGUGCGGAAACGCUGCAUCUCCUCCGCCGUGACAGCGUCCUCGGUCUCGUCGUCUCCCGGGUCUCAGGAAAAGGUGCAUCCCUCAUCGUCGAGUCGUCCACGAAGUCGUCAUCGGGCUCGACGGUGGGUCUCUUUCCACGCGCUAUCUCUUCUCGGCGUCGUGAAGGGUCGCCUCUGUCAUCUCUGUUCCUGAAAGGCACAGAAAAUAUAUCAAGUUAG